AGAGUAUAGAGUCACACAGCAGAGAAAGCAGGACGAUACAGCUCAACCGAGAUUUUUACUAACUGCUACACGUGAAGGGAACACACACAUUUCAGGAUGGCUGCUCCUCGUCUCACUCUGUCUGUGUUUGUGCUGAUGCUGGCUGUCAUCGCUCUGACUGAAGGUGUGCGUGGUCCAGGACCAAAGAAAUGCUGCUUUGGUUUCAAUACAACUCCAGUGCCUAAAGAGAGAGCGGUCAGCUACACCAGGACCAGCCAGCGGUGCACCAACCCUGCCAUCUUGCUGAAGACAGUGACAGGUCGUAAUCUGUGUGUCAAACCUUCAGCCACUUGGGUGAAGGAGCUCAUCAGCUACCUGGACGCCAAACCUGCCCCAGGACAGACGUCCAACCUGUAACCACAGCGACAGAGCGCCACAAUCAGAGCAUCCAAAGAACAGUCAAUGUGCCAGGAUGCUGCAACUUUUCAAACUAUAACUUUUAAAGCCUAAACUACAAAUAUGUUACUAAAUCCACCAUGGGCGAUCAUAAGCUAAACAGCAGCUUUCUGGCUAUCUAUAUGCAAAAUAUGUACUAGAUAUAUACUAGAUGGUGUUACCAUGUUAAAUUAUUUUUCUGCCAUACAGGAUAAGAGUGUAUUGAUAACAUAGUUUGAACGUCUUUUAAUAUUUUCUUUUUACAUUUUUCUACAGAUCUGAUUUAAAACAUUUUAUUUUAGUAUAUGGAACGAUGUGUUUUUGGUUGAUUCAACACUCAAGUCUGACCGUCAGCACUGUGAACGACUGUUGUACUGUUAUUUGAAUUGACUUGCAGAGACCACACUGACUGUAAAAGAGCAAUGCCUCCCAACUCCACUUGUCAUCAGUAGAGUAUAAGCUACGGGUUACCUCACUGUUUCUACAAUGACCCACUGUAAGCUCUUUAGGUUGUUUUUUUUUAUUAAAUUGAUGUUUUUUUUUCUAUUUACAGUCAUGUUUUGACCAGUUACUUGACAAUUUGACAGAAAUAAUUUAUUUGUAACAUAUGCUUAUGCUACCAAUCUGAUUCUCUUGAAAUAAAGCAAAAUGAA